AUGGAGAAGAAAAUAGGUUUGGAGAAAGAUAAAGAGAAAAAUAAUGAAAAGCGAGGAUAUUACACUGAAUUGGCCACGGAUGAAAACUUCCAAGCCAGGAAGACAAAUAUAACAACUAAGAAAAAGCCAAAUUUUAUUUGGGAAAUUGUAACGGAUAAGAACGCACCCACUAUACCAGAUCUGAAAGCUGCGAAGAGAGCAAGAUAUUUAGCGCCGGCUGAACGAUGGAUGUGCUACGACGAAGAAAAAACAAUUUCUUUCCCGGUGGAUGUUUUCAAACCAAAAGUUCAGUUGCAACAUUUCGUUGAUCCAUUUAAAAUACCCAGAAAUGUUCAAAUUGAAAGGAAAAUGCGACAAUAUCAGAGGCAAGAUAUAAGAUUAUGUCUUAAAGAAUUGAACAUAAAGCAUGCGGAUAUUUUACCAGUUGAUGUGAUAAAGAAGUAUUGGGACGGUGUUCAUUUUGGGCUUUUCAAAAUGAUACAUUGGUUACCAUUGGAAUGGUUCGAUGACGAAGAUUUUUGUAGCAGAUCUCCCGAAGGAUGGUUGGAUCAUGGUAUAAUGGAUGGCGUGCGCCAUCCAAUACCUGCCCAAGCUUUCCUUCCAAAGGCUGUAAUAAAACCGACCAAGGGUGAUCGCAUGGAAAAACUGUUCGAAUGGACCAACGUCGCUGUAUUGGAUUUCAACAAAGAUAUGAAAAAAUAUAAGUUAUUAACGUUGGACGGAUUGAAACGAGAGUUUUAUCUGGCCGAGAUUUAUAUUUUAUUUAAAGCCGAGGAACCUAUGAAGUGCGCCAAAAGAAUUCAAUCGGCAUUGGAAAUGAGAAACGCGGCAGAAAUUCGUAUUAGAUAUGAAUUUAUUAUGGAUUGUAUGGAGGUGACGGGAACUUACGAGAUUCCAGAAGAGUGGGUUGAGAAGUUUAUAAGUUUAGCAUUUUGCGGAAAAGUUAAUAAAAUAGUGGACGCCAGCGUUGUAGAGGCACUCAAGGAUGAGAUUCAAUUAAAUCAUAAAAGAUCGCUUGGUGAAAUGCAAUUUAGACAAAGCGUUCUAGCGUAUCCAGAUAUGUAUAAAUUCAUUAAACUGCCACAACAGGAGACUGAGAUUAAAACUUUGCUGAGGAUGUACGAUAGCGCUAUUAUAGGAACGCACAGUAUAAAACAAGUGCAUCCUAUGCUUCUGGUGAAAUUGAAAUUCCCUAAUGAUCUGUACCUUUCAUCUGUUGGUCUAUUGGACUCGUACGUUUGUGAAAUGAGAGAAAGAUUCUUGCUCGGCUAUAAUAAGGCAGUGAUACCAGUACAAGCUUAUGCGAAGACAUAUGAAAUUUUUAUGGAAUUUUAUAACAUGAACAUGAACGCUUACCUACUAAACUUUAAAGAGGAACAACACACCGCUGGAGAGGUUAAAGAUGAAGUGAGUAAUCAUCUUAAAAUGAGGGAUCAUCUCGAAGAGAUUUUACCUUCGCUGAUUGUCAUCGGCCCGUUCUCAAUAUCUGUUGACAAUAUAAGACAGAAUCUUAUUCAGAAAAGAAUGGAUCUUGCGAAGAAAUUAUUGGAUCAAUUUGCUGACAAAAUGAAAAACUUAUUUAUCGACAUAAUUCACGAGUUUGAAGAUCUAUUGCGCAAAUUGCAAGAGAAACCGCAUUCAAUUGAACAUAUUUAUGAUAUCAAAGAUUGGAUGGAAACUAUACCGAUGACUGUUAGAGCUUUAGAAGAUUCAACCAAGAGAUAUUUACUAGAAUAUGAUAUACUGGAUUUCUUUUGGUAUAAUUUACCUCAAGAAGAUUUCGAAGCCAAAUGGGAAACCGUCGGUUGGCCUUUACGAAUUUCGAAGCAGAUCGAUGAUACGAACGACUUCCUAAUAGAGGAGACGGAUAAGUUUUAUAAGAUACAACAGAAUGAUGAACAAUCAUUAAUAGAAAAGAUUGAAGCACUUACAGUUCAAAUAACGACUAUGUAUUCACUCAGAGAUGCAAGUAAAUGUCAUGAAAUAGCAAUUGACAUGAAACGUGCAUGGAAAGCAAUGAAAGAGGCUCAAGAAUAUGGACAACUUUUAAAUUCUCGACAGAAAUUGUUCUUAGUAACCGUCGUUCCUUUCGAUACUCUAACAAAACUGAUAAAAGAAUUCGAGCCCUACAAAAAUCUUUGGGUUACUGCUUCCGAUUGGCUCAAGUAUUAUGAUAUUUGGAUGGACAAUCCUUUGGCUAAUAUUGAUGGAGAAGCCAUCGAGAGGCUCGUGACGGAUAUGUACAAGACAAUGGUUAAAUCGAUUAGAGUUUUUGCAGAUAUCCCUGGAGUUCAGCAGGUUGCAGCUGACAUUCGUGAUAAAAUUGACGAUUUCAAACCGCUGAUCCCAUUGAUACAAGGCAUCAGGAAUCCGGGAAUGAAGCAGCGCCAUUGGGAUGCAUUCGCUGAAGAAACUGGUAUUGUUAUACCGUGGACUGCGAACACAACCUUUCAGGAUUGCUUGGAUAUAGACGUUGAUAAACAUAUUGAUGUGGUUAUUAAGAUUUCCGAUAACGCAGGUAAAGAAUAUGCUAUAGAAUUGACUUUAGAUAAGAUGGUGGCAGAAUGGGAAGUUAAUAUGUUGGAAUUGACGCCGUUUAAAACAUCUGGUACAUACAUAAUGAAAGUCUCUGAUGAUAUCCAGCAAAUGCUUGAUGACCAUAUAGUGUUAACUCAACAGUUAUCAUUUAGUCCUUUCAAAGCAGCUCUAACAGAAAGGAUUGAUCUAUGGGAAAAUAUGCUUAAAAUCACAUAUGAUGUCAUUGAAGAGUGGAUGGAUGUUCAAAAACAAUGGAUGUACCUUGAGCCCAUUUUCACCAGCGCUGAUAUUAGCAAACAGUUGCCAGUUGAAAGUAAGAAGUACAAUUCAAUGGAAAGAACCUGGAGGAGAAUUAUGAGAAGCGCUUAUGAAAGUCCAAAAAUUAUAGAUUAUUGUUCGGACAAAAAAUUAUUAGAGAGCCUUCGCGAUGCUAAUCACAUUUUGGAAGUAGUUCAGAAAGGUUUAGCAGAUUAUUUGGAAGUCAAGCGCAUGACAUUCCCGCGUUUGUUCUUCCUUAGUGACGAUGAACUGCUUGAAAUUCUAUCUCAAGCUAGAAAUCCACUUGCGGUGCAGCCGCAUCUGCGAAAGUGCUUCGAAAACGUUGCCAGGCUUAACUUUGAGAAGGAUCUAAAGAUUACGCAGAUGUUUUCUGCUGAAGAUGAGUGCGUGGAUCUAAAUCCCACCCUCUAUCCGACAUCCAACGUCGAAGAUUGGCUCUUGGUCGUUGAGGGCAGUAUGAAAAAUACUGUGAGAUCGAUAUUUGGUGAUUCUCUGAAAGACAUGCCAAUUAAACCGAGAGAUCAAUGGGUGCUAGAAUGGCCCGGGCAAAUUGUAAUAGCUGGUUGUCAGACGUUCUGGACUUCGGGCGUUGAAAAUGGAAUCAGCACAAAUCGUAUGCCCGAAUUUUUUGAUGAACUUUUACGUAAUUUGGAUUUAUUGCGUGGUUUGGUGAAAGGUUCAUUGACUUUCCUGCAACGAGAAGUACUAUCUGCAUUGAUUGUAAUAGAAGUCCACGCGAGAGAUGUGACGCAACUACUCGUUGACGGAAAAAUAUCGAACGUCAACGACUUUGAUUGGAUAAGUCAACUUAGGUAUUAUUGGGUCAACGAUGAACAUUUAAAAGUUAGAGCUGUCAAUGCUGAGUUUCAAUAUGGUUACGAGUAUUUGGGUAACAGCGGUCGAUUGGUUAUUACCCCAUUGACAGAUAGAUGUUACCUUACCUUGACUGGUGCGUUACAUCUCAAGUUUGGUGGCGCGCCUGCUGGUCCGGCGGGCACUGGGAAAACUGAAACAACGAAAGAUCUUGGAAAAGCUUUUGCAAUCCAAUGUGUCGUUUUCAAUUGCUCAGAUCAACUAGAUUUUAUGGCUAUGGGAAAAUUCUUUAAAGGCUUAGCUAGUUCUGGCGCUUGGGCAUGUUUUGAUGAAUUCAAUCGCAUCGACAUCGAAGUUCUAUCCGUAGUUGCGCAACAAAUAAUGACUAUUCAGAAAGCACAGCAAUCCCGACAAGAUAGAUUCAUGUUCGAGGGUUGCGAUAUUGCUCUGAAGGAAUCUUGUGCCGUAUUUAUAACGAUGAAUCCUGGUUACGCAGGUCGCACUGAGUUACCUGACAAUCUCAAAGCUCUUUUCCGGCCAGUUGCGAUGAUGGUUCCCAAUUAUUCGUUGAUAGCAGAAAUCUCGCUCUUUUCAUUUGGUUUCGGCAAUGCGAAGCAAUUGGCUAAUAAAAUAACGACGACGUUUAAGCUUAGUUCAGAGCAGCUGAGUAGUCAAGAUCACUACGAUUUUGGAAUGAGAGCUGUGAAAACUGUAAUAGCUGUUGCUGGUAAUCUGAAGCGCGAAAAGCCGCUUAUGGACGAAAGGCAAAUCGUUCUCAGGUCUCUGCGUGAUGUCAAUGUGCCAAAAUUCUUAAAAGACGACUUGAAAUUAUUUAAUGGUAUAGUUUCGGAUUUGUUCCCGAGGAUGGUUGAAGAAGAAGUUGAUUACGGAGUACUCGAAGAAUCCAUUCGUAUUUGCUCUAUUAAUCUAGGAUUAGAGGAUGUAGAUGAAUACGUAAGGAAAGUAAUACAACUUUAUGAGACAACUGUUGUGCGCCAUGGUCUUAUGCUCGUAGGUCCAACAGGAUCUGGUAAAACUAAGUGUUAUGAAAUAUUAAAAGAUGCAAUGACUUUAUUGAGAGGAAAGCCUUCGCCUAGCGGAUAUCCCUUUCAAAGUGUCCACACGUACGUCCUGAAUCCGAAAUCAAUAACCAUGGGACAAUUAUAUGGUGAAUUUGAUAUGCAGACACACGAAUGGACCGACGGUAUUUUACCUUGCUUGGUACGUGUUGGGGUAGCAUGCGAAGAUAAAGAUAAGCGUUGGUACGUAUUCGAUGGACCGGUGGAUGCUGUCUGGAUUGAAAACAUGAACACAGUUCUGGAUGACAACAAGAAGUUGUGUCUGAGCAGCGGGGAAAUUAUUAAAUUAAGAGACACACAGACGAUGAUGUUUGAAGUCGCUGAUCUAGCAGUUGCAUCGCCCGCAACAGUUUCCCGUUGUGGCAUGGUUUAUUUGGAACCCGGUGUUUUGGGUUUACCUCCGUAUUUGAAUUGUUGGCUGAGGAGGUUACCACCGUUGGCCGUCGAUUUUGCGCCCCAAUUUCAAGAGCUGUUUAAUCAGUACAUGUAUCCAGCUAUAGCAUUAGUGAGAGGCCACUUGCGGGAAUUGUUAGUUUCGGUCGAUUCAGCUUUAGUGACAUGCUUUCUGAAUCUGCUUGACUUUCGUUUGGGUCCAUUAGCGGGUAGAGAUAAUAAGCCACCGCCACCCGCUCCGUUUCUUAAACUCAUACAUAUUGAAGUUCCCACGAUUGAUAAAAUCAGGAAUGCGGAACUAGUAGGAAUUCUUUUAUAUAACGAAAACAAUGUCAUUUGUGUUGGACCGACUGGAACUGGAAAGUCGCUUACAGUUAUUGGAAAGCUCGGAAAUAAUAUGCACAAGAAGUUCAUAUGCGAUUUCUUCAGUUUUUCAGCUCGUACAACUGCCAACCAAACGCAGGAUUUGAUAGAUUCGAAAUUGGAUCGAAGACGUAAAGGUGUUUUCGGACCGCCGCUUCUGAAAAGGCAAGUGUUUUUCAUCGAUGACUUCAACAUGCCAGCGUUGGAAGUGUACGGAGCGCAGCCUCCUAUUGAAUUAAUCCGGCAAUGGAUGGAUUUUAGCGGUUGGUAUGAUAGAAAAAGUAUUGGAGACUUUCGUACUAUAAUCGAUAUUAACUUUGUGGGAGCAAUGGGUCCACCGGGAGGUGGACGUAACCAAAUUACUGCACGUCUCUUAAGACACUUUCACUAUAUAUGCUUCCUUGAACUUGAAGAUACCAGCAAACGCCAAAUAUAUGGAAAGAUACUGAAGUUUUGGCUCGAUCGUACACCUGGUUACUACACGUUUUAUGAAUCCAUGUUGACGGAAACCUUGAGCGUAUAUACAACAAUAUUAAGAGAACUAUUGCCUACUCCAGCUAAAACUCAUUACACUUUCAAUAUGCGUGAUUUGAGUAAAGUAUUUGAAGGAAUUUUAAUGAAGGAUCCUGAAUCUAUUAAGACCGUUGAAGAAAUAAUUCGACUUUGGUACCACGAAAAUUGUCGCGUAUUUCAAGAUCGAUUGGUCAAUGAUGAAGAUAGAAACUGGUUCGAUGCCCUCUUAAAAUCGAAGAUUGAAUACUUUAGAUACAAAAUAAGUGAUUGUUUAGGAGAAGAGGAGUUGCUUUUUUGCGAUUUUCUAGAUCCGCAUAUUGAUGUCAGACAGUACGAUUUUGUAGCCGAUAGCGAAAAAUUAACUGACGUUCUGUACCAUUAUCUCAGAGAUUAUAAUUCACAGACAACCAGUCCCAUGCGUUUGGUACUGUUCAAUUACGCAAUAUCACACGUUUGCAGAAUUGCAAGGAUAAUUAGACAGCCGAAAGGCAAUGCUCUCUUAUUGGGAGUUGGUGGAUCUGGGCGUCAAAGUUUGACACGAUUAGCUGCGCACAUUGGUGAAUUCUAUUGCUUCCAAAUUGAGUUGAGCAAAGCGUACAGUCUAUUCGACUGGAAGGAAGACAUAAAAGGAUUGAUGCUGAAAGCAGGCCUCCAUAAACGGGAAACUGUAUUUCUAUUUUCUGAUACGCAGAUCAAAUCUGAAACAUUUCUGGAGGAUCUCAAUAAUAUUCUUAAUUCCGGGGAUGUACCCAAUAUAUAUCAACCCGAAGAAUUGGAUAAAAUCUAUCAAGGAUUAAAAGGUACUUUAACAGAGAUGGGACUAACUGCAACGAAAUCAAACUUAUUCGCCGUCUAUCAAAGAUUGGUCAGAUCUAACUUACAUACUGUUAUUACAAUGAGCCCAAUUGGUGAAGUGUUUCGAUCUCGUAUUCGACAGUUUCCAGCUUUUGUGAACUGCUGCACAAUUGAUUGGUUCAGUGCAUGGCCGAAUACAGCACUAUUGUCAGUUGCUACGCAAUUUUUGGAAGAAAUUCCAGAAUUAUCUGUUACCGACGAUGUCCGGUAUGGUAUAGCUAUGGUUUGUCAAAUAAUGCACGCUAGCGUUGUCACUGCCAGCCACUGGUAUUUCCAAGAACUCAGUCGUUACAAUUACGUAACACCAACAUCGUAUUUGCAACUGCUAUCAAGUUACACUGAUCUCAUGGCGAAACAAAAAGGGGAACUAAUGGAAGGAAUAGGCCGACUCGAAAUAGGUUUAGAUAAGUUGCAAUCAACCGCCGAAGAGACAACGUUUCUUCAGAAACAUUUGGAAGUGUUGAAACCCGCUUUGGAGAUUGCCGCUAAAGAAGCCGAAAUUAUGAUUGAACAAAUUGCGAAAGACACGUUAGUUGCGGAAGAAACUAAAGUGAUAGUGGAACAUGAAGAAGCAGCGGCUGAAAAAAAGAAAUCUGAAACCGAAACAAUCGCCCAAGACGCUGAAAGAGAUCUCGAGGCGGCAAUGCCUGCGUUACUUGCUGCCGAAAAGAGUCUUCAGUCUUUGAACAAGAACGAUAUUACUGAAGUAAGGGCCAUGAAACGACCGCCUACUGGUGUUAUCUACGUUAUUGAAGCUAUAUGCAUUGUCAAAAAUGUUAAACCAAAUAAGGUGCCAGGAUUGAAACCCGGUGAGAAGCUUAAUGAUUAUUGGGAGCCAGGUAGAGCAAUGCUGACAGAUCCAGGCGCUUUCCUAGUUUCAUUAAUGAAUUUCGACAAGGAUUCGAUUACAGAAGAUAUGAUUAACAAAUUGAAAAGUUACGUUGAAGAUCCGCAGUUCCAGCCGCAGAAAAUCAUUAAAGUAUCGAAGGCGUGCACCUCUCUUUGCAUGUGGGUACAUGCGAUGUAUAAGUAUUACUUUGUAAACAUGCAGGUCGCUCCUAAAAAAGCAGCUUUAGCGCAAGCGAAUACGGAGCUCGCUCUUACCGAGGCAGCAUUAGCGGGGGCCAAAGCCAAGAUGAAAGCCGUUAUGGAUGGAUUGGAGCUGCUGCAAGAGAAAUUGGCUGCUCGUAUUGCGUACAAAGAAGAACAGGAAAGCAACAUAAACAUGUGCCAGGAACGUAUGAAUAGGGCUAUAAGACUAAUUACGGGUUUAGCUGACGAGAAAAUUAGAUGGAUCGAUACUAUAAAAAAUAUCAAUCUGAAUAUGGUGAACGUAACUGGCGAUAUAUUGAUUUGCUCUGGAACUGUAGCUUAUUUAACUCCAUUUACCGACAAGUAUAGGAGAAGACUUUUGGCUAAGUGGAUGCGAGAGUUACGUUUAUAUAACGUCCCGCAUUCGCCGACCUGCGAUCCCGUACUUAUUUUAGGAGAACCAGUGUUAAUUCGCCAAUGGCAAAUCGAAGGUCUACCUAGAGAUAGUUUGUCUACGGAAAAUGCAGUGUUAGUAUCACGUUCCAAACGAUGGCCUUUGUUUAUUGAUCCUCAAGGACAAGCCAAUAAGUGGAUUAAAAAUAUGGGCAAAACUAGAGGUAUUGCAAUUUGUAAAUUAGCAGACAAGGAUUUGAUCAGAACACUGGAAUUGUCUAUACGUUUCGGAAAACCGGUCUUAAUUGAAAAUGUUGGAGUGGAAUUGGAUCCAGCCUUGGACCCCGUUUUACUAAGAUUGAUUUUCAAACAAGGCAAUACAAAUAUGUUAAAAAUUGGCGAUUCCAUUGUUCCAUAUAACGACGACUUUCAACUUUACAUAACUACGAAAUUAGCAAAUCCACAUUACACACCUGAAGUAUCGGUGAAAGUGCAAUUAGUCAAUUUUACUCUUGUCCCAAGUGGCUUGCAAGAUCAACUAUUGGCAUUAGUCGUGCUUCAAGAAAGGCCAGAUUUAGAAGAGCAAAGAAGUCAAAUUAUAGUUGGCAGUGCGCAAAUGAAGCAAGAGCUGAAAGAUAUACAAGAUAGAAUUUUGCAUAAAUUGAGUACAUCGGAAGGUUCGCCUUUAGAUGAUAUCGAUUUUAUCGUAGCACUGGAAGCGUCUAAAGUAAAAAGUGAAGACAUUAAAAGCAAAGUGGAAUCUGCCGAAAUAACGCAAAUUGAUAUAGAUAAUACACGAGCACAAUAUAUACCAGUAGCUAACAGAGGUCAGAUUCUUUAUUUUUGUGUAUCCGACCUAUCAAAUGUUGAUCCGAUGUAUCAAUACUCGUUGGAAUGGUUUAUAGCCAUUUUUGUAAAUGCAAUGGCCGAAACUGAAAAAACAGAUGAUUUAAACGAACGUGUUGCUAUAAUAAAUGACCACUUCACCUAUAGUUUAUAUACAAAUGUAUGUAGAAGCCUUUUCGAAAAGCACAAACUGUUAUUUGCUUUUCUAUUGUGCGUUAGAAUGCUCAUGGACACUAAAGAAAUAUUUCCAAAUGAAUGGCACCAUUUUUUGGCUGGUGGAAGUCCCACAUUAGACAUGGAAAAUCCUGCAUCAUCUUGGCUUUCUGAAAAGGCUUGGAUGGAAAUACUAUCUUUAAACAACUUGGAUCAUUUUCAAGAAUUUGUUAAUACAUUUCCAAGUAAUGUCGGUACUUAUAAAUAUAUCUUUGAAUCACCGGAACCUCAUAGAGAGCAAUUGCCAAAAAUAUUUCGUGGAAAAUUGGAUGAAUUUCAAAAAUUGAUUAUUCUAAAAUCAUUGAGACCGGACAAACUCACGAAUGGAAUGCAAGAUUUUCUCACAGAGAAGAUGGGCGAACGAUUCGUGGAACCACAAGCAACCGAUUUGUCCGCAAUGUACAAAGAAUCUUCGCCACUAAUUCCUUUGAUAUUUGUUUUAUCAACCGGUACGGAUCCUGCAGCAGAUUUAUAUAAAUUUGCAGAUAGAAUGAAAAUGUCCAAGAGAAUGAUGUCAAUCUCUCUUGGACAAGGUCAAGGCCCAAGGGCCGAGAAGAUGAUUCAAGAAGGUUCGGAAAUAGGAAGUUGGGUAUUUUUUCAGAAUUGCCACUUGGCACCGAGUUUUAUGCCGCGAUUGGAACGAGUAAUCGAGCAAAUACCAAUUGACACUGUUCAUCGUGAAUUUCGAAUAUGGUUGACUUCGACGCCGUCGCCGGCAUUCCCGGUUUCCAUCCUACAGAACGGAAGUAAAAUGACUAUAGAACCACCGAGCGGCCUGAAAGCCAACAUGCUACGAGCUUAUUUAAAUCAAGUUUCUGAUUUAUCUGAUUAUUUUCAUUCGGAGCAUGAGAAAGUGUUCACUUUCAAAUGGUUGUUAUUUUCGCUUUGCAUGUUUCAUGGUUGCCUUCUGGAGCGUAGGAAAUUCGGACCUUUGGGCUUCAAUAUACCGUACGAAUUCACCGAUGGUGAUUUGAAAAUCUGCAUCUCUCAAUUGUAUAUGUUCCUAAUGGAAUAUACGGAAGUACCAUUUAAAGUUUUAAUAUAUACUGCGGGACAUAUCAAUUACGGUGGUAGGGUCACCGAUGACUGGGACAGAAGAUGUCUGAUGAACGUAUUGACAGAUUACUACAAAACUGAUGUUAUCAAUGUGCAUUAUGCAUUUGAUGAUCAUGGAUUUUACCACCAACUGCCAGGUGAUACACCGCUGAUAGAUUACAUGGACUACAUUCGCUCAUUUCCAUUGAACGAUGAUCCAGCUCUAUUCGGUCUUCACAAGAACGCUGAUAUAAGUUGCGCUCAAGCGGUGAGCUAUACUUGUUUGUCGACUUUACUGAAGCUCCAGCCUAAAGAAAUUGGAGGAUCUGCGACAAGCCAAGAAGAUGUCACGGCAAAAGUUUCCAAAAACAUCUUAAAAGACAUUCCACCACAAUUCGACGUGGAUAAAAUCUUAGAAUUGUAUCCAGUUACGUACACGGAAUCAUUAAAUACCGUAAUAGUCCAAGAAGCGAUUAGGUAUAACAAACUUUUGCAAAUUAUAGUUUCGACUCUGAACGAUCUACUCAAAGCUAUUAAAGGAUUGGUUGUUAUGUCAGAGGCACUAGAACAAAUGUCUAGAAGUUUGUUUAGCAAUAUGGUGCCUGCCAAAUGGGCGUCAAAAGCUUAUCCAUCUUUAAAACCAUUAGGUGCCUGGGUUAAGGAUUUGAACGAUCGCAUUGCAUUCCUUAACAAAUGGGUUCUUGAAGGAAUACCUCCAGUAUUUUGGAUCUCAGGUUUCUAUUUUCCACAAGCUUUUCUCACUGGAACAUUGCAAAACUACGCUAGGAAAUAUGUAUUGUCCAUAGAUUGUAUCGGUUUUUCAUUUAAGGUUCUAAAAAACUAUCCAACUGAAAGAGCUGCUGAUGGAUGUUGUAUUUUUGGUCUAUAUAUAGAAGGUUGCAGGUGGAAUAAAGCUAAAGAAAUCCUGGAUGAAUCUAACCCAAAAGAGCUGUAUACAGAGAUGCCAGCAAUAUGGUUAAUACCUGAAGAAAAUCAUAAAAAACCUGCAUAUGGCGUAUAUGAAUGUCCAGUUUACAAAACAUUAACAAGAGCUGGAACGUUAUCAACUACAGGUCAUUCUACUAACUACGUUUUGGCUAUAGAGGUACCGAGUUCAAAGCUUGAGAAACACUGGAUUCAGCGUGGAGUUGCGCUCAUUUGCGCCUUGGAUUAUUAAAUCAAUGUUUUUCUAA